GGAUCCUCUGGGGAGCCGCAACAACAUCAUGAUGCUGAAGAGGCAGAGAAGAAUCUCUCCAGAUCAGAACAUCUCAAGAAACCCGAGCGGAGACCCACAGGGAAGAAAUCUCACUGCUCUGACAGUGGGAAGAAUUGCAAAUCUUCAACAGAACUUAAAAUACGCCAAAGAAGCCACACAGGAGAAAAGCCACACCACUGCUCUCAGUGUGGAAUGAGUUUCUCUAAAUCACAUUCAUUGAAAUCACACCUGAGAAUUCACACAGGAAAGAAAUCUUAUGGCUGUGAUCAAUUUGGGAAGAGAUUUACUAAGCCAAGCAACAUGAAAUCACACCAGCAGACACACACUGGAGAGAAGCCUUACCCCUGUUCAGAUUGUGGGAAAAGCUUUUCAACAUCACAGUAUUUGAAGCUGCACCAGCGAGUACACACAGGAAAGAAGCCUUAUAGCUGUGAUCUAUGUGGGAAGAGAUUCAUUCGGUCAGCCCACCUGACUGUACACAAGCGAAUACACACUGGGAAAAAACCAUACCACUGCCCCGACUGUGGGAUUAGUUUUGCUCAUUCAAGUAGUCUGAAAUUACACCAGCUGACACACACAGGACAGAAGCCUUACCACUGCUCUGACUGUGAGAAGAGCUUUUCAACAUCACAUCAUUUAAAGCUGCACCAGAGAACACACACUGGAGAGAAGCCUUACCACUGCUCAGACUGUGGUAAAAGCUUUACCACCUCAAGUGGACUGAAUAUACACCAGAGAACACACACAGGAGAGAAGCCUUAUAGCUGUGAUCAAUGUGGGAAGAGAUUCACUCAGUCAUCAAACCUGACUGUCCACAAGAAAAUACACACUGGAGAGAAGCCUUACCACUGCUCUGACUGUGGGAAAAGCUUUACCACCAGAAAUGACCUGAUUAUACACCAGAGAACACACACAGGAGAGAAGCCUCACCACUGCUCCGACUGUGGGAAGAGUUUUACUCAGCCAAGUCACCUGAUUGUACACCAGAGAACUCACACAGGAGAGAAGCCUCACCACUGCUCCGACUGUGGGAAGAGUUUUGCUAGAUUAGACAAACUGAUAUCACACCAGAGAACCCACACUGGGGAGAAGCCAUAUGGUUGUGAUCGGUGUGAGAAGAGAUUUGCUUUCUCAAGUAGCCUGACUUAUCAUAAGCUAACCCACACUGGAGAGAAACCGUACCACUGCUCAGACUGUGGUAAAAGCUUUACCACCUCAAGUGGACUGAAUAUACACCAGAGAACACACACAGGAGAGAAUCACCUGAUUGGACACCAGAGAACACACACAGGAGAGAAGCCUCACCACUGCUCCGACUGUGGGAAGAGUUUUGCUAGAUUAGACAAACUGAUAUCACACCAGAGAACCCACACUGGGGAGAAGCCGUAUGGUUGUGAUCGGUGUGAGAAGAGAUUUGCUUUCUCAAGUAGCCUGACUUAUCAUAAGCGAAGCCACACUGGAGAGAAACCGUACCACUGCUCAGACUGUGGUAAAAGCUUUACCACCUCAAGUGGACUGAAUAUACACCAGAGAACACACACAGGAGAGAAGCCUCACCACUGCUCCGACUGUGGUAAGAGUUUUGCUCAGCCAAGUCACCUGAUUGGACACCAGAGAACACACACAGGAGAGAAGCCUCACCACUGCUCUGACUGUGGGAUGAGUUUUGCUACCUCACACAAUCUGGCAGUACACCAAAGAACCCACACUGGAUAGAAACCUUAUAGCUGUG